AUGGUUGCCGGCUUUGCAGAGUUUGAUGUCCUGCUCCUCGAUAUUGAGGGUACAGUAUGCCCAAUCUCCUUUGUCAAGGAUGUCUUGUUCCCUUAUGCUCUCGAUUCUCUGCCCAAGGUGCUCGAUGAGCAAUGGGACGAUGUCGAAUUCAAGCCAUACCGGGACGCCUUCCCCGAGGAGUAUCGCGACUCGCGCGACGCCCUCGAGGCCCACGUCCGCGACCUAGUGGCUGGCGACGUCAAGAUUGCCUACCUUAAGGGCCUGCAGGGCUACCUGUGGGAGCAUGGCUACCAGUCGGGUGAGAUCAAGGCGCCCCUGUUCCCCGACGUCGCCCCCUUCAUAGCCCAGACGCACGCCGCUGGUAAGAGGGUCGUCAUCUACUCGUCCGGCUCCGUCCCCGCCCAGAAGCUCCUCUUUGGCCACAUCGACGCUGACCCAUCGGACCUGACCCCCCUCAUCUCCGACUGGUUCGACACUGUCAACGCCGGGCCGAAGACCAAGCCCGCCAGCUACAAGACUAUCCUCUCCAAGUACCCGGAUACCCGUCCAGAGCAGUGGCUCUUCCUUAGCGAUAACAUGGCCGAAGUUGACGCCGCUCUGACUGCCGGCAUGAGGAGUCUGCCAGUCUCGCGACCGGGAAACACCCCCUUACCCGACCAGCACCCUCUCUCUGCGCUUGCCCUCACUACCUUCGAGGCGAACGAGGGGCCGUAG